AUCUUCAUCUCUUCGAAAUAUUAAACUUAGUCCCACAGGCAAUACCUCUCUCGAGAAGUGCCCUUUGCAACUACCCAUAAGCUUAGCUCUUUUUGCUUUUGCUUGCUCCGACAUCUUCCACAAAUACCACAAUGGCAGCCGUUGCUACUCAACUCGUUUCAACAGUUCCACGACCUACCUUCAAGCCCAUUAUCCAGAAUGCGGCACCUGAAGAGAGGAUAGUCGAUGCUGAAUUUUGCCCCUCCAAACACCUUGCUUUUAAAAAGCCACCCGAGACUAUGUCCAUGGAAGACAUUGGCUACUCCAAGAACAGAGGGGUGUCUCCAAUCGCUGUCUCGCAACCAUUCCAGCUCUUCUCUGAGGAGGCAGUCCACGAGAUGAGACGCGAGAUUUUCAAGCCAGAAGUCAUGGAGAACUGCAAGUAUAGCAGCACUAUCGCGGCCUGCCAACUCAGAGGCUACGCCCCAAAGUACGCUCCUUUUACUUACGACGCAUGGAACCAUCCGGACACCCUUGCUGUUAUCUCAAAGGUCGCCGGCGUUGACCUUGUGCCUGUCAUGGACACUGAGGUGGCCCACGUCAACUUCUCAGUCAAGUCUGAGCAGCAGACAAAGGAAGAGCUCAGUGUCAUCAAUAAACAGAAGCGAUUCUUUGCAGACGACGAGGGCAUCGCGGGUUGUCCUUGGGAGGAUGACAAGCCUGUUGUUGGAUGGCACACCGACAGUUAUCCUUUUGUAUGCGUUUUGAUGCUAAGCGACUGUACCAAUAUGGUUGGCGGGGAGACAGCCUUGCGUACAAGCAACGGCGAUGUGCUCAAGGUCCGCGGACCGACGAUGGGUUGUGCUGCGAUUUUGCAGGGUCGAUACAUCACGCAUCAAGCCCUUCGGGCUUUGGGCGCUCAGGAGCGUAUCACGGCUGUCACAUCGUUCCGUCCCCGCUCGCCUUUCGCCCGCGACGACACAGUCCUGACGACCGUACGGCCGAUUUCAGAUCUUUCCGUGCUCUACCAGGAGUUCGCCGAAUACCGCCUGGUGAUGAUGGAGGAGCGUGUCCGUGCCAGGCUAAGGGAGAUUCGGGAGAAGCGUCGCGUUGGAAAGAAAUUCGACACCAGGAGGUUCAAGGAGUUCCUAGCGGAACAGCAGGCCUUCCUGGAGCACAUGAACCGCGAGAUGGUCCCAGACGAGGAGGUGCAGAUGGGAUACAUCGAGCAGGUGAAUUUUCCCGACGUAAAGGUCGGUGUCGAUGAAGACGCCAAGUCAAAGCGAGCCAGGCACGAAUAGGCAGUCGAGCCAGUGCUGGCACUUGUAACGAUUUUACGAGUCACAAAUCCUUUGGUGCUUGAUUCUGACCGGAAACGGGGGACAGGGUGUCGUGAUUGGUCGCGGAGGACAGUGUCGCUUGGGCUUAUGAGCAGGAGGGCGCCGACAUUGCCUUGGGCGUGUCAGAC